AUGUGCGGCGCGUGCCGGCAGCAAUAUGGCCAGACGAAAUGCCCCUUCUGCAAGGAAGAGCUUUUGAAGGAGGAGCUCUUGGACUUCAUCGAUGCCUUCCUCGGGACCAUCGGCACCGAGGAUGGCGCGUAUGACGCCCAUGAGAUGUCCAUGGUCAUUGAGCAAUGGCAAUUCCACGAGAUGGAAUUUGAGGCGUCUCCUCGCGUGAUGCGGCGCAUGGCGCAGAGCCUCAUGGAGAACCACGCCUUCCAGCGUGACUUGCGUCACGCGCUGCAGAGUGGCGCGGGGCACCGCGGCGCAGUGCACCGCGGCAGUGCCUGGCUUUGGGACGCCGCCAGCCUGCUCUUCCGGCUCUACGGCUUUCAUGAGGCGCAGCCUUUGCAGAAUGGGCAUUUGUUGGAGGAAGCGGUGGAGAUCCUUCUCUCUCCCGAUGAGGAGAGUGGACGCUUGGGUCUCCUAUACGAGCAGGCGCUCCAAGCCUGGCUCCUGUCUGGUGAACGGCCGGAGCUCGCCUCCCUGGUGCGGCGCUGCGGCUGGGCGGUGGUGAUUUCCUACCAGAGUGGUGAUGAAGCCCAGCGAGCCUUGCUGUCGGAGCAGAUCCUAAGUACCGUGCAUGCGGACUACUUCAUGGUGUCUCACCGCGGCAUCUGGGGCUCCAAGCGACAAGACAUGGUGUGGCAAAGCUUUUGCACCGACGGCCCACGUGACCUCGUGUAG